AUGGCACUGGAAGGGGUAAUCCACACCAACCAAAACUGUCACCAGACACAAGCCCAGGGCAGAAGACUAUGGCCUUGGGGCAGGAAUGGGUUCCAAGGGCUGUCGGCACACUCCUCCCUCUGUCUUGUUCUCUUUGCAGAUGUCGCUUCCUACCGGAAACCCCGCAGGCCCCUGGAGACCUUCAAGAAAGUGGGGGUCCCCAUCAUCGCGGUGGUGCUGAGCCUGGUAGCCAUCGCGAUCGUAGCCAUCCUCAUCAAGGUGAUUCUGGAUAAAUACUACUUCGUCUGUCGAAGUCCCCUGACCUUCAUCCCGAGGGCGCAGGUGUGUGACGGCCACCUUGACUGCGCCUUGGGGGAGGAUGAGGACCACUGUGUCAAGAACUUCCCCGAGAAGCCUGGAGUGGCAGUCCGCCUCUCCAAGGACCGAUCCACUCUGCAGGUGCUGGAUGCAGCCACAGGGACCUGGGCCUCUGCCUGCUUUGACAAUUUCACAGAAGUGCUGGCCAAGACAGCCUGCAGACAGAUGGGCUAUGACAGCCAACCCACGUACAGAGCAGUGGCGAUUGGCCCAGACCAGGACCUCGCUGUCGCUCAAGUCACGGGAAACAGCCAGGAACUUCAGAUGCAGAAUUCAAGUGGAUCCUGCAUGUCAGGCUCCCUGGUUUCCCUGAGCUGCUUUGACUGUGGAAAGAGCCUGAAGACUCCUCGUGUGGUGGGCGGGGCCGAGGCCUCUGUGGAUUCUUGGCCCUGGCAGGUCAGCAUCCAGUACAAAAAGCAGCAUGUCUGUGGUGGGAGCAUCCUGGAUGCCCACUGGGUCCUCACAGCAGCCCACUGUUUCAGGAAGCAUGUUGAUGUGGCCAGCUGGAAGGUGAGGGUUGGCUCAGACAAACUGGGCCACUUUCCGUCCUUGCCUGUGGCCAAGAUCUUCGUCACUGAGCAUAAUGCCCUGUACCCUAAAGAGAAGGACAUUGCCCUCGUUAAGCUGCAGUCGCCCCUCACAUUCUCAGGCACAGUCAAGCCCAUCUGCCUGCCCUUCUCUGAUGAAGUGCUCGCCCCAGCCACACCACUCUGGGUUAUCGGAUGGGGCUUUACAGAGCAAAAUGGAGGAAAGAUGUCUGACACGCUGCUGCAGGCAUCAGUCCAAGUCAUUGACAGCACACGGUGCAAUGCAGAGGAUGCCUACCAGGGAGAAGUGACCGCUGAGAUGCUGUGCGCAGGUACCCCACAUGGUGGUGUGGACACCUGCCAGGGUGACAGUGGUGGGCCUUUGAUGUACCACUCUGACCGGUGGCAGGUAGUCGGCAUCGUGAGCUGGGGCCAUGGCUGUGGGGGCCCAAGUACUCCUGGCGUGUACACCAAGGUCACUGCCUAUCUCGACUGGAUAGGCAAUGUGAGGAAGUCUGAGAUGUAAAGCUGCUGCCUGACACAUCCAAAAGCUGCUCCCUCUCAAACCCGCCCACUUGGUGAUCCCUCAAAGUCAGAUACAAGGCAAGAGCCUCCUUGAACACAACUCCGGUAUUUCCUGCAGCAACCAAGGACCCACAGACAUACGCACUGCAGAGGUGCCCAGAAGGAUGUCGGAUGUGCUAGUUCAGCCACCCUUGCUUCCCCCAAAGCCCGGGAUGACACACAGUCCACUGAGUGAAGCCAGGCCACUGAUUCAAUUCUCUGAAGUGUUACUCAGCCAGGGAGACUCUCCCUUCCACAGGAGGACCGGAAGUCAACUGGCUCUCUCCUGAGAGCCCAGACCGCCAAGGGCUGAGUGAAUGAGAGAAGGGUCUGAAAAGCCUUUGUCUUCUUUGCCCAGUCCUAAAACCACUGGGGUAAGAAAUCAGUCAGUUCUAAUGUAAGAUGUACAUGCUAGUGUUGGGGUGUUUUUCUUGUUGUUACCACUGUGGUCACUACCAUUAAACAGAUACGAG